UGAAGUGAUUGUUUAUCUCGGUUCUCAAUGAUAAAGUGGCUGUCCAACUUUUCAUAUUUCUCAAUCGGUUCAGGUCUGCGUGGCAUCGAACCUGGCAUAUCAACCCGCAGACCCGAACCGAUUGACCAUGGAGUGUGUUUUGAUGCUUGAUGAAGUCACAGUGGUUCAAAUAUCUCAUAACUCUCACUCUUUUUGGGUCUGCGUGGCAUCGCAACUUGAAUAUCAACCCGCAGACCCGACCGUUGAAUGUGGUUCGAAGCUUGAUGAAGUUACAGUGGCUGAUUACAUCUCUCAAUUCUCUUACCUUGUCACCGGAUCUGCGAGGCAAGUCAUAUCUAUCUCAGCCCGCAGAUCCAUUUCCGACUGAUCAUGUUUCUCUCCCAUGGUCAGCUUCUUUGUCUCUUUUUUUUCUUUUCCUCUCACUCUCAGUACUACGGAGUUAAGGGAAUCAUUUCGAGCCAUUCGUGCAUAGCGUUCAGGUUCAAAGGCAGGCGAUGAAGUUAUUGGCGUUCGUUUAGACUUAUGC